AUGAUGAGAUAUGACAGAAAACGACUACAUGGAGUUGCAAUUGCAAUAAAACGUGAUCCCAAGCUGAGAGUCAUACAGAUCUCCCAAAUCAGCCCUCGUAUGAUGUGGAUUGAUCUGCAGUAUGUAGGAUUUAACACCCGAGUUUACUGUCUCUAUGCACCUACAAAUUGCCCAACAACACCUGGGAACGAUAAUCAAAGAUCAGAGUUUUGGAGAAGCUUACAAAAGGAAGUAGAUCUAGUACCUGGAAAGACCGAACAACUUUUUCUUGGGUAUCUAAAUGCGACUACUACUCUCGUUAAACAUCUUCGACCUACACACUAUGGUCGGAAUAAGAAUUAUAGCAGCAACUUCGAGUUUAAUGACAAUGGCGAAGCAAUGACAAGCUUUUGUGUAAAGAACUCACUGGGAAUGCUCAAUACAUACUUCAAGCAUAAACAAUCUCAUUUAUUGACGUUUCAUAGUAAUGACGGACAUACAACCUCUAAGACCCUAGAUUAUGCCUUGGCUACACAAACACUCGCCUCGUUCUGUCUUGAUUGUACAGUAAAAAACAACUACUUGGCUGAAACCACUCUUAAUAGUGACCACAGACGUCUUAUUCAACGAUGGGCUAUUCCUUUUCGUAAAAAAGACAGACAGAAACGAACCCCUCAUGUGAGAAGACCAAUGAUAGAUUACAGUAGUCUAAAAGAUCCUGCCAUACAUCAGAGAUUUCUUGAGAAAUUAGUCAAAGUGAAGGAGCUAAAUCAAGACCACCCAGAUACUAACAACCAAGUAGCAGUAAUAACAGACGAACUUACUGAUACAGCUGAGAAAAAAAUGGAUAUGCAAAUCUACCAUGGCGAGUUGAUGAGGAAUUUUUAA